AUGGCCCCUCCUCCGCCGACUUUCCCUGCGCGAACGCUGCAGCGGAUGCAGCGCCAGGAUGAGUGCGCACUGCGCUGCACGUCGUCGUUCCCAGACUUGACCUGGACCAAAAAGAAGUCGCCAAAGCCACUCCAGGAUGCGCAUCGCCGGUUUCCCGGCCCGAAGCAUCUUCAGGACUAUGCGGGCCACGUUCCACGGAAGUUCAACCCGUUCGCUGGCAACCAUGUCCUCGAGAAGUCUGCAUCCCUGCCUGCAAUAACAUCCGCUUCCACGAAGAAGUCUUCCACAGCUAGCCCUGGCUUUGGCAUGUGGUAUGGGCACGUCGGCACGUUCCCAAGCCCAGUCGACAACUGGGUUCCGGCUCACUUCGUCGAAGGGCAGCACUACUAG